UCCUUCUCCAUAUAUUUACUUUCUCUCUAUAUUCAACUCGCUCUCGUGCUUCAUCAGGAGAUUUUUAUAUACAUUCUUGAUAUAUCAGAAUGUCUGGCAAACUUCAAGAAAUCCUGAUCGUCACUUCGGAUGAUGAAACAUUUACCGUCAAAGUAGAGGUGAUUCAGCGUAGUGCUAUGAUCAAGGCCAUGUUGGAAGACCUUGGCGAACAAGAAGGCCAGGUCAUCCCCCUUCCCAACGUCUCUUCAUCCGUCCUCACCAAAGUCCUCGAGUAUUGCGAACAUCACAAAAACGAGCCUCUCCCUGUGGCUGACGCGAACGACGUGGAUGAUGCAAGGAGGAGAACCAGUGAGAUUGGUGAUUGGGAUGCUAAGUUCAUUCAAGUGGACCAGGAAAUGCUCUUUGAAAUCAUCCUCGCUGCCAACUAUCUCGAUAUCAAACCUCUUCUGGACGUGGGAUGUAAGACGGUGGCCAAUAUGAUCAAGGGGAAAACUCCCGAAGAAAUUCGCAAGUUGUUCAACAUCACAAACGACUUUACUCCUGAGGAGGAAGAACAAAUCAGGAAAGAGAAUGAGUGGGCUGAAGAUCGAUGAUUUGGUCUGUGGUAACUAUGACAUGCAUGUGAAGCGUGGUAUUAUGGAAGAUGGUACAGUCGAGUGGUGGAUGGCUCUCUGUUUACAAAUGAGAGAUGGACGAGAUGUAUUUUAUGCCUGCAAGUUGA